UGUCCCCUCCCCUCCCUCUCGUCUUUCAGACAGACUGUUUUUUGCUGCAGUGAACGGCAGCCGUGUACAGAGAAAGAGAGAGAGAGAGAGAUAGAGAUACAAACACAGAGAGUGUGUGUGUGAGAGAGAGAGAAAGAGAGAGAGAGAGGAGGAGGAGAGAAAAAAAAACAAGAAAAACAAAAGAGUCAGGAGAAGGAAUAAGGAGCUAAAACAAAAAAAAACAAAAAAGUCGAUUCAGAGGAGGCUCCGGACGAGCGACUGCUGCGCAUCAAAGGAGGGACCUUUACUGGGGGGACCUUACUGGAGACCAGCAGCUACAAAACCCCGACCCCGGAGGCGGAAUAUAACGGUGAAACUCCAGUGCUCCUCUGCCCUCCUGAGGAUUCAGUGAGACAGGCGGAUCUGUGCGCCCGACCAUGGCCUUCCCAUCAGCCCCCACCGCGUUAUGGAGUGUCAGCUUAUUGGCAGUCCUAUUCGCUGCCGUGGCUCACAGCAACGUUGUCUAUGACGACGACCCCUUGCAGCCGGUGACCACAGAUGAGACGGUGUCCGUGGGGGGCAUGGUGACACUGACCUGCCGGGUGGCCGAGAGCGACAACUCCUCGCUGCAAUGGUCCAACACCGCACAGCAGACCCUGUACUUUGGAGCAAAGAGAGCGCUGAGAGAUCACCGCAUCCAGCUGCACCGCUCGACACACACUGAGCUCUCCAUCACCAUCGACGACGUGCAGCUGUCCGACGAGGGCGAGUACACCUGCUCCAUCUUCACGAUGCCAGUCCGCACCGCCCGAGCCACCGUCACCGUGCUAGGUGUACCUGGUAAACCUCAGAUCCUGGGCUUUGAGAAUCCAGUGCCGGAGGGGGGCAAAGUCACCCUGACCUGCACCAGUACUGGCAGCAAACCCCCCGCCAGGCUGCGCUGGUACCGAGGAAACCAGGAGCUGGAAGGACGUCCAAACGUGGUCGCGCCCGUUCCAGACGAUCCCACAUACAACGUGAGCAGCGAGCUCACCCUGGAGGUGAGCCGCAGCGACGACAAAGCCCUCAUCACCUGCGCCGUCGACCAUCCCUCUCUCGCCCCCGGGGACAAGAGGAGCGAGCAGGCUCUGCGGGUGUUGUAUUCCCCAGUCGUUGAGAUCGUGCCUGAGAGCGAUCUGCCGAGAGAGGGGGAGAGGUUUUAUCUUCAUUGUUUGGGCAACAGCAACCCCGAGCCCACCACCUACGUGUGGAAGAAGAAGGAUGGAGAGCUCCCCCCGCUGGCCAAAGUCGACGAUGCUUACCUGCGCUUCGAGAUGCUCAACAAAUCAGAUAAUGGCGUCUACCUCUGCCAAGCUGACAAUGGCAUCGGACACAGCCAGGGGGAGUACACACUCCUGGUGCAAGAUGCCGCAGCCAACAUCACAGACCCCACAGCCAUGUCGACUUCUUCGGGGGUGGACCACGCUGUGAUCGGAGGGGUGGUUGCUGUUAUCGUCUUCAUCCUGCUUUGCCUCCUCAUUGUCCUCGGCAGAUACCUCAUCAGACACAAAGGAACAUAUCUGACCCACGAGGCCAAGGGCUCAGACGACGCCCCCGACGCCGACACGGCCAUCAUAAACGCAGAGGGAGGCCACUCCGGAGCAGAGGACAAGAAGGAGUACUUUAUCUAGACGGAGGAUGGAGUGGUGGUGGACGUGGAGUAGAGGAGA